GACGUUAACGGCUAAAAAUGUGCAUGAGCUGGAAAAAUAUAGGCGCGGCAGCUCUAACAUGUUCCUUAUUCUACAAUUCGAUAAUGUUAAUUGUUGCUAUAACAUUUAUGCGGCGCUGCUUCGAUGACUGCAACGAUAACACGAAAGGUCCAUAUCAUGAGGACUGUUACAGCGCGUAUGCCUUAUAUACGCUAUAUCUGCCAUCAGUAGUUGCUAGUCCACUAAUAAUGCUAACCGAUAAGAGCAGCAUUAACUAUCUGCAAUGGUGGCUUCUGGUGCAUGCAGCACUUACAUGUUGCGCCUACUUUAUUUAUAUAUGCUAUAGUCCGUUUUAUUCAGAUAGUGAUAGCGAUGUAAAUAUCGUUGGAUUUGCUUGUCUGGUGUUUGCGUUUGGUACUGUUGCCUUUCAUUGUUUUCGUGUGCUGCGUUCUCCUGCGCGUCAGGCUCAAUCAGAUCCUGCGGAAACAGCCGCUUAG